AUGUUAUCAAAAAAUGUUUCAGAGCAAUCUGCAAUCUUAUAAACAAAAAUACCUUUAAUGCAUAUUGGGCGGGAUAGGGAUGGGUAGCAUACCUACAGUCUUAGAUAAUUAAUACUCAGAAAUUUCUAUACUAUCAUAAAUCAAAAAGAAAUAACUUAUGCUUAUAAUGGAUCAAUUUUGAGAAUGUAAUACUUUAUUUCUUUGUUUAAGAGAUGAAAUUUAUGAAGGAUAUCAAUUGAUGACUAACCUUGAAUAAAUUAAACAUUUAUAUUGGCAUGGGAACUUUGGAUUGAAUAAUAAGAGGGUUGGAUAUUGGAUGGCUACAUGGGAUGGAGAGGCUUUGAGAAAUGUUGGAGGACAUUACAAUGAUGAUGGUAGAAAGUAAGGUAAUUGGGUAGAGAUAGUAUCAAGAUUUUGUGUUUAGUGUAUUUUGACUAUUUAAUUUUACAGCUUACGUUUAUGAAAUAGGAGAAUAUGAGAAUGGCUAAAGAACGGGAAGAUGGAAAUAUGUUUAUUAAAAUAAAAAGAUGUAAUAAUAAUUCUCAAUUAAAGUGGUGGGGGUUUAUAUAGUUAAUAAGGUGAAAAAUAUGGGCAUUGGAAAGAACUAUAGAAUAGAUUUCAGAAUUGUUCUUAAGUCUUUUAUUAUGGAGAGUAUAAAAAUUGUAAGAAAUUUGGUAGAUGGAACAUUUAGUGGACAAACCCUUGUAAUAAUAAACCAGAAUAAAUGUAAAAUCAUUAUUUAAAGUUGAAAAUUAGCGGUUACCAAUCAUAUGAUGAAUAAGGCAAUGGUAUAUAAGUAGGUAUUUGGAUCGAGUUGUCAGAUGAAUUUAAUGUUAAUUCUUAAGUAACAUAUAAUGGUGAAUAUAAAAAUGGGAAAAAAGUUGGUAGGUGGGAAAUUAUGUUUAGGGAGAAUUCAAAUUGUCCAUUUUAUUUAAUGUAAAAUUAUAAUAUACUUAAUUAUAUUCAGAGGGGGUGGAUCAUAUGAUGAACGAGGUGAAGGGAUUAAAAUAGGCCAAUGGAUUGAGUUAUUUGAUGGAUUUAAUAAUGAUUCCUAAGUCACAUAUAGUGGGCACUAUAAAAAUGGGAAAAAAGUUGGCAGAUGGGAUGCUAAGUUUAGGGAACAUUCAAAUUAUCCAUUUUAAUUAAUGUAAAAUUAUCAUGUGCAUAAUUAUAUUUAGUGGGGGCGGAUCAUAUUAUUUAAUAAGUGAGGGAAUUAAGCUUGGUAGAUGGAUUGAGCUUUCAGAUGGAUUUUAUAAUCAUUCUUAAGCCACAUAUGUUGGUGAAUAUACAAAUGGUAAAAAGGUUGGUAGAUGGGAUAUUAUGUUUAGGGAGCAUUCAAAUUGUCCAUUUCAAUUGAUGUAAAUUAAUAUUCUUAUAAUUUUGUAAAGUGGUGGAGGUUCAUUUGAUCAUAAAUGUAAUCAAAUUAAGUAGGGUACAUGGAUCGAGCUUUCAGAUGAUUUUUAGAAUGAAUCUCCAGUUGUUUAUGCUGGUCAAUAUUAAAAUGGUAAAAAGGUAGAUAGAUGGGAGAUUUUAUUAUUGGAUUUUAGGACCCAAAAAAGUAGCUGCAUGUAAAAAGUUUAUAAAGAUUUUGUAAUUUAAAAUAUAUAGUGGUGGUGGUUCAUUUGAUAAGCAUGAAUUUCCGUUAAAAUAGGGUAAAUGGAUUGACCUGUCAGACGGAUUUUCUAAUGAUUUUUAAGUAACAAAUAUAGGUGAAUAUAAAAAUGGGAAAAAAAUAGGUAGAUGGAAUAUUAUGUAUAGGGAGCAUUCAAGUUAAAAAUUUCAAUUGAUGUAAAUUAAAAUCAGCAUAAAUUAUUUUUAGNAAGUGGUGGGGGUUUAUAUAGUUAAUAAGGUGAAAAAUAUGGGCAUUGGAAAGAACUAUAGAAUAGAUUUCAGAAUUGUUCUUAAGUCUUUUAUUAUGGAGAGUAUAAAAAUUGUAAGAAAUUUGGUAGAUGGAACAUUUAGUGGACAAACCCUUGUAAUAAUAAACCAGAAUAAAUGUAAAAUCAUUAUUUAAAGUUGAAAAUUAGCGGUUACCAAUCAUAUGAUGAAUAAGGCAAUGGUAUAUAAGUAGGUAUUUGGAUCGAGUUGUCAGAUGAAUUUAAUGUUAAUUCUUAAGUAACAUAUAAUGGUGAAUAUAAAAAUGGGAAAAAAGUUGGUAGGUGGGAAAUUAUGUUUAGGGAGAAUUCAAAUUGUCCAUUUUAUUUAAUGUAAAAUUAUAAUAUACUUAAUUAUAUUCAGAGGGGGUGGAUCAUAUGAUGAACGAGGUGAAGGGAUUAAAAUAGGCCAAUGGAUUGAGUUAUUUGAUGGAUUUAAUAAUGAUUCCUAAGUCACAUAUAGUGGGCACUAUAAAAAUGGGAAAAAAGUUGGCAGAUGGGAUGCUAAGUUUAGGGAACAUUCAAAUUAUCCAUUUUAAUUAAUGUAAAAUUAUCAUGUGCAUAAUUAUAUUUAGUGGGGGCGGAUCAUAUUAUUUAAUAAGUGAGGGAAUUAAGCUUGGUAGAUGGAUUGAGCUUUCAGAUGGAUUUUAUAAUCAUUCUUAAGCCACAUAUGUUGGUGAAUAUACAAAUGGUAAAAAGGUUGGUAGAUGGGAUAUUAUGUUUAGGGAGCAUUCAAAUUGUCCAUUUCAAUUGAUGUAAAUUAAUAUUCUUAUAAUUUUGUAAAGUGGUGGAGGUUCAUUUGAUCAUAAAUGUAAUCAAAUUAAGUAGGGUACAUGGAUCGAGCUUUCAGAUGAUUUUUAGAAUGAAUCUCCAGUUGUUUAUGCUGGUCAAUAUUAAAAUGGUAAAAAGGUAGAUAGAUGGGAGAUUUUAUUAUUGGAUUUUAGGACCCAAAAAAGUAGCUGCAUGUAAAAAGUUUAUAAAGAUUUUGUAAUUUAAAAUAUAUAGUGGUGGUGGUUCAUUUGAUAAGCAUGAAUUUCCGUUAAAAUAGGGUAAAUGGAUUGACCUGUCAGACGGAUUUUCUAAUGAUUUUUAAGUAACAAAUAUAGGUGAAUAUAAAAAUGGGAAAAAAAUAGGUAGAUGGAAUAUUAUGUAUAGGGAGCAUUCAAGUUAAAAAUUUCAAUUGAUGUAAAUUAAAAUCAGCAUAAAUUAUUUUUAGCGGUGGGGGAUCAUAUGGGGAUAAAUUAAAUCAGAUAAAACAAGGUAAAUGGGCAGAACUUUAGGAUCAAUUUCAAUUUUUUUCUAAUAUAAUCUAUUAUGGAGAAUUCAAAAACGGGAUAAAAGUUGGCAGAUGGAAUAUUUAUUUUUAAGCAUGUUCUAAUUAUUAAUUCAAAUUUAUGUAAAUUAAUUUAAUUAUAAUUCCUCAGUGGUGGUGGAACAUAUGAUAAUGGUUGCUAAGGAAAAAAAGUAGGUAAAUGGACUUUACCUAAUAGUGGAUAUUUUUUUGGUUCAUAAAUAACUUUGAAAGGAAAAUAUAUGUAUGGGAAGAAAGUUGGCAGAUGGGAUAUUUUCUUUAAAGGUUUUGGCUAGGGUUAAGAAUAUGUAAGAAAUCAGUAAAUGUAAAAUAAAAAUAAGGAUAUUUUAUAUUAUUUAGAGGUGGAGGUAUAUAUCAAAACAAAGGUGAAGAUGUUAAGGUUGGUUAUUGGAUAGAGUUAUGGGAAAGAUUUGAUAGUAUACAUAAUGUAAUUGUAAAUGGUGAAUAUAAAAAUGGUAAAAAGAUUGGUCGAUGGAAUAUAUUGUAUAGUUCUUAUACGGAUUUUCCAUACUAAUAAAUGUAAGUAUUACAAGUUAUUAAAAUAAAUUUAGCGGAGGUGGAUUUUAUGAUGAUCAAGGGGCUGGCAUUAAGAAUGGUAAAUGGAUUGAAUGGCAAAAUGAUUUAAUUGAAAAGACUCAUGUAAUUUAUAAAGGUGAAUAUAAAUAUGGAAAGAAAAUAGGGCUUUGGGAUAUUCUCACUUAGGACGAUAUAAUUGAUUCUUGGAAAUAAAUGUUUAAAUUAUUAUAUUACUUAUUUUGAUUAGAGGUGGUGGAUUAUAUGAUGAAGGAGGUGAAGGGACAAAACAGGGUAUAUGGAUUGAAUUGUCUCAAAAGUUUCAGACCGAUUAUUAUGUUACGUUUAAUGGUUAAUAUAAAAAUGAUAAAAAAGUUGGUAGAUGGGAUAUUUGGCAUUGGGAUUGGGUCAGAGGAAAGCACCAAUUGAUGUAAAUAACUUUUUAUAAAGUCUGCAAUAAAUAUUUAGUGGUGGUGGAUCAUAUGAUGAAAAGGGUGAAGGAAAAUAGUUUGGUAACUGGAUUGAGUUGUCAGAUGAGUUUUAAAGGUUUCAUUAAAUAGGUUAUAGUGGUUAAUAUCAAAAUGGUAAGAAAGUUGGUAAAUGGACGAAAAUAGAUUUAAGUAUUUAAAUGAAGCUAGA